AUGGAGCAGCCAAACAGCCCAGGGGGCUCCUCCGGUGGUCCCCUCCAGGCUGUCACCGCAGACCGCGUAAAUCAACAACGGGACCGAGAAUCAGUCUUUACUCACCUCCGCCCAGCAUCAAGAGAAAGUGUCCACGAUAAGAUCAGCCAGUUCAACAACCUCAGUGUCACCAUGCAAUCAAAACAAUUAGAACGCAAAACAGCCGACGCUGCCUUGAAGCGCGCCAUGCUUGGUCGUGAAGAGGCCGAAUCCGAGUUGCGCAAAACUAGAGAGGAGACAAAGGCACUAAAGAAGGCCAUCGAUGAGGGUAAAGAGCGUGAGAGAAAGGUUGGAGAGCGUCUAGAGGCGUUGAUGGAGAACUAUGGCCGAGCCAAGGAGACACACGCACAUACCCAAGCUCUUUGGGAAAAGGAGAUCCGCCGCGCACGAAAAGAGACAUUUAAGACACAAUCGUCAAUCGUCAAACUCCAAGAAGAACUCAAAUCAGCCCGUACCAACGCAAAAAUGAUCGACGAAAAUCUCAAGCGCGAAAAGGCUAGAAGCAAGGUCCGAGAACAGGAGGCCUUCGAAGCCCGCUAUCAGAUUGUCGGCGUCCAGGAACAACUUGACCAGGCCCUAGAACGCAUUAAACUCGUCGAGCAGGAGCGCGACGCCUUCAAGACCGCUGCUAAAAAUGAGGAGGUCGCCCGUAUCGCCGCCGAGGGUCGCAUUCCUCUACCGCCACAAGAAGCCGAUGAUGAGUUUGCUUCUCCACAGAAGGUCAGGAAGAGUGCAUCAAAAGAACCUCGCAUGUCACUCUCAACGAUGGACAUCAUCUCUUCAGAAGCAAGCGAGGCCGAGAUCGAGGAGUUAGCGAUCCAAUUGCAAUGGGAACGUCAAAGAGCCGAGCGUGCUCACGAGAUGAUUGAGUUCCUGCAGGCUGAGUGCCACUUGCGUUGCUGUGCUUGCUCCAAGUCGAAUCGCCGCAGCAGUGUCGAGGCCCCUCGCAAGAAACGUCGUAGCUCGAUCGGUCUCGAGGGACCCAAUGACAAGGUUAUUAAGCUCGAUAACAAGACGCUGGAGGAUGAGAAGCGUGCUGCUACACCUCGCAUUCAAGAGCCACACCAUGAGGCUCAGCCUGAAAAUAAGGUCAAUGCCGAGGCAGAGCCCGAAACUCAAGCCCAAUCAGAGCGUCAGCAAUAUCUGGAAGAACCACCUCGCGUGCUGCCCAAGUCCAGGAAGGAGCCUCGUCGUAGCACUAUCUUCUGUCCCAAAGAAGGCAUCUUCCGAACCGUUUCUGAGCAAGAAGCUGAGAUUAUUGAGGCGCAACGAAAGAUCGAGCAGGCAGAGGCUCAACGUGAGAACCAGGCUCACGACGAGUCUCAGGAUGUGGACGAGGUUGUAGUUGAAGAAGUGGUAGAGGGCGAAACUUCUGUUGGUGACAACACUGAGAUGGAGCGCCGUAUAUCGGCAGAGACCGAGAGCAAUUACAGGAGAUAUGCACGAACUCCUUCAGUCGAGCCUCCGGCCUUUGCGAUGCUUGCAGCAGAGCGCACUAGUCUUGCCUCUCUGCUCAGCGCCCCUCACAAUGGAGCUCACUCCGCCCCUAUUCCUCAAAUACCGACCAUGCCAGAUGUAUCCGAGGAUGUUCUUGCAUCCCCUGAAACUCGACCUCACACCACCAAUGCCUUUUACACUGUCACUACGACAACAACCGUGCCCAUGAAAGACGACAACGCAAGGAACAGCGCCUCAUUCAACGAACGACUUCGCACACCCUCUCAGAACAGCACAGGCACCACUUUUGACCUUUCCAAUCCCGCUCUCACACCUACCAUGACCCGUGAGGAGGCUCUCGCCAAGAUUCGCGAGCGUCGUGGUCGUGCCCGCUCAAUGGCCCAAGGCACAUCAACGCCUGCCCGUCGAAUGGUCUCAGGUACUGAGCGACGAGACAUGAGCGCCCCUACAGGCAAGGUUGCUGGUAAGGGGCGAUGA